UGUGCUGCAGAUGGGUCAGGAGGGAAAUGUAUAGGCAUAGAAGAAUUUCUUGAGCUAGAUAAACCAAACAGCAGACUUGAAUGCUAUGUACUUAGUUUCAGUAUUAAUAGAAUUUGAGGUUAAUGACUCUUGGGAUAUGAAAAUUAACCAUAAAAUGAAGAGCUAACCAGUAAGUUCUAUGCUCCAAGCUUCUGCUUUAUGAUUACACAUGUGCCCGAGAGGAAAGCCUACUUUUAGUGAAAUGAGCGAGUGUGAGAUAUAUUGAUCCUGUUUUCCUGUGUCACAAACCUGUCAUUUUUCCAAGUAAUGAAUCAUGUUGACAAGACGCAUUACACUUUAUACAUUUUUUUCCCUCUCUUUAACUAGAAUGUUUGUAAUUAAACUACACUUGUCUUUUAAAAGUGAGCUCUACUGCAGUAGAAAAUCAUUUAAAUAUUCUUCUUGACCUGGAAAGUUGGUUUACCACUAACAUGAACAAGAAGAUCCUCUCAAUACCUCUUUGCUUUGAUGUCCUAUCAUUGUUAUCUGUGAUGAUCUUCUUGGAAUCAGUGCAUGGAUAACCAUAUCUUACCCAAGAAAAUGAAUUGUGCCCAGAUGAAAAAGAGAGAAAUCUGAGACCAAAACUAUUGAUGUCUCUACUGAAUAAAAAUUUUGAUUUCCAAAGACCUUCUAACAUUGAUACAGAACUCACUAACAAACUGGAAAAACUUAACCAGCUGGAAAAGCUUAAAGGACCGCUCACGGAGGCAAAGAACGCGGAGAUGCCCUAUGAGGCAGAUAGUCUGUCUUCCCAUCCUAACGAGCAAGCUUGCUUUUGGAAGUACUGGGUCUGAAGAUUUCUCUAGAUGCAAAAAAGUUAAGACGAUUAGAAAAAAUACAUAUUUAUUCCUUCUACAGCUUAGACAGUAUAGCUGUUUCAAUCAUAAUCUAUGGCAUUUAUUCUGCAUAUUAUUUUUCUUAUCUUGCUAACUUGUUACUAAGUGGGUUAUAAUAGGCUUACAGUUUAUGUUGUGGACAGUGACAAAUAAACUGCACUUUUGAAUGGCAUGGGGCUAUCAAAAUAGCUUUGUAAAGCUAAAGUUGAGAGUAUUGUAGCUACUGUAUGCUUUCCAAAACUUAUUACCGAUAUAAUUUUGUCCUGUGAUAACUAUGCUUUAAUAUCAAAAAAAAAAUUUUUAAGUAAAAAAGCAGACAGUAGGAAAAAAUUCAA